GUGCGGGUCAUACCUUGAGCAGCCUUUGCCCGACAUCCAAGUCCAACCUCGGGAAGCUGCCAGUACCCAUCCGGCCAGAGGUGCACUUGAAGGGCGACCCGCCGCCGACCUGGACCGACGGACAAUGUGAAACGCCCUCAGGAUCAGAGUCGGAGCUUCGGUGGGGACACAAUAUCUCUUCCUUCGAAGCCAUGGAUGUUGAGAGCAUGCCAUCGGGUGUCUCCUUGCCACCCGACGGCACGAUGCAUUACCAUCACGUGGAGAACAUGGACAAGUUCUUGGAG